CAGUAAACAAGUGACAACCCAUUUACUCUCUCUCUCUCCCUCCCUCCCUCUAACCGACAAGGCAACAACCAUCUCUUGUUUCAUGUCAAUAAUAAGCGACAGUGUCUUUAACUACUCUCACUAAAUACUUUAAUGAUCCUCUCUUACUUAGCUCUCUACUCCACAAAUCUCACUCUGUCACUCACAGAUCCAGACCAAGAAGAAGCGGGAGCAGAAAAAGAAACCAACAACAAGAAGAAGAUGGGUUCUGUUUCUCUGAAAAUAGGCGACGGAACGGCCAGAUUCAGAAGAGCAACACUGUGGUCUUCGGCGGUCAACAUUCUGAUGCUCGCCUCCGUCGUGACGACAAAUCUCUUCGCUCUCUACGCCUUCACUUACUCUCCCAAACACAACCAAACGACAACACCAACAACCCGCAAGAACAUCUCUCUCAUCUCCGACCAGGUCGCUCUCAUCAUGCGAGAGAUCGAUUCUUCUCAGAAAAAGCUUGCCCUCAUGGAGAAAGAGCUUCUGGGUUACGAAAGCUUCGAUCUUUCCAGACCCAACAUGGCCGCCGAGCUAAAACUAUUCCUCUACCACCACCAGCUGCCUCUGGGGAAAGACUCCAGAACUGGGAUCACGGAAAUGGUGUCUUCUGUGGGCCACACCUGCGAGAAAUCCGCCGACUUGUUGUCCCAGUAUAUGAGUUACAAGGUCUCCGGGCCUUGUCCUGAUGAUUGGAGCCUUGCCCAGAAGCUGAUUUUGCGUGGAUGUGAGCCCCUGCCGAGGAGGAGAUGCUUUGCCAAGAGUGUUUCCAAGGUGGGUUUUUUAAGCCCUUUUCCUGUUUCUCUUUGGAAGCCUGUUUCUGAUAAGAUUGUGACUUGGAGUGGACUCGGGUGCAAGAGUUUUACUUGCUUGAAUAGUAAGAAAUUGAGUAGGGAAUGUGUUGGUUGUUUUAGUUUGGUUAAUGGGUCUGAAACUCAGAAGUUUGUCAAGGCUACAAGUAAGAAUGAUUUUGUGAUUGAUGAGGUUUUGGCCUUGGGAAGUGGAGGGAUCAGAAUAGGGUUUGAAAUUGGAGGUGGGUCUGGUACUUUUGCUGCUAGAAUGGCUGAGAAAAACGUGACUGUGAUCACCAACACUUUGAACAUUGAUGCACCGUUUAGUGUGUUCAUUGCUGCUAGAGGGCUUUUCCCUUUGUACAUGAGUUUGGAUCACAGGUUCCCUUUUUAUGAUAAUGUGUUUGAUUUGGUCCACGCGGGGAGUGGAUUGGAUGUUGGAGGGAAACCAGAAAAGCUGGAUUUCUUAAUGUUCGAUAUCGACCGGAUUAUAAGACCUGGAGGUUUCUUUUGGUUGGAUAACUUCUAUUGUGCCAAUGAUGAAAAGAAAAAUGCUUUAACCAGGUUGAUCGAGAGAUUUGGGUAUAAGAAGUUGAAAUGGGUUGUUGGAGAGAAGGUUGAUCCAUCAGGGUCAGCAAAAUCUGAGGUCUAUUUGUCUGCUAUUUUACAGAAGCCAGUUAGAGUAUGAUGAUAUGAUAUUGAGGGAUUUUGUUGGAAGCCUUUGGGGAGGUAAAACAUUCUAUUAUUAUAUAUUAGGUUAGGUGACAUACAAUUUGUCUGGUUUUAUUAUUGCUUUUUAUUGUUGUUAUGAUGUUCAUGAAUUCCUUUGAAAGCACAAUAAGCGCAUAAAUUUAUUGCUGUUCUGAC